GACCAAGAACUGCCUGCUGCCACUUUUGACUUUAAACCACUUUUAACUUUUAACCCGAUCCAUUAAAUAGAAGUAAAAAACAACAACAUCCUUUCCGUUUGUCAACAUAAUUGGAUCUUUUGUUCUAGUCAAUUUUACCGAUAUCUGUGGCCCUAAUCCAUUUUUCCAAGAAGACAAGCUUUCUGAUCAACUGACCAUAUUUUUGAAAAAUGGCUACAAUCGACGAAGACAACGGAAAUGAGCCUGUUCCAACAGCCGAAGAAGUGGAAUUUGCUCAAACAACGGCGAGAUACAGUGAAGUUUUGUCUAAAUGUAAACUAUUGCGUGCAAGACUUCUGAUGACUGCUGAAAAUAUCCCACAAAAUGGUGGCAAUCAAAUACCAGGAAUAUCAGAGUCGGACGUCAUUGAUAGCUUAGUUAAAAUGGAAGACGAGUUUCAUCGGUUGAGUAUUCAAGAAGAGAUGUUGAAGGAGAUAAAAGUGACCAAACUUGCACUUGACGUGUUUUGUUCUGAGGAGCAUUCAUACGAAGGUUUAGAUGAUUUGAUUAAAGAACAUUGCGCGAAUCAGGCAAAGCUCUUUCAACUAGCUCAGAACAUUAGAAGUGAGAAGCUCACCCAGAAACAUGCAAAAGCUGAACUAUUAGAGCAGCUAUGUCAAUACACUGCAUCCCUCAAGGAAGAUGAGGCGAAACUUGACUUAACCACUCAAUCAGACACUGAAAGCACACUUAAUUUAAAGAAAAACACUGAAAAGCAGAUAAAAGAAAUACGUUUCAUGCAAAUAUGUAUUUCUAAAAUAUUAGCAAAUUCAGAGGUUGAUUUAAGAGAAUCUGAAAGACUUCGGGAAAUAAUCAAGUCAGUUCGAAAUCCUAUAACAUCAGUGAAAAAUUUUCUCUAAUAAUUCUAAAUACUGAAUAAUCAUGUGCAAUUCUGUUAACCAUCAGCUUACUUUUAGUUCUAGAUAAUUUGUUAAUUUUUUUACGUCUUUGACUAAUUCCUCUUUUAAAUGUACAGUUUUGUUUUAUUGUUAACAUUUUUGUAUAAACUAUUUGUAAUCUUACAAUUUAUUAUAUUUUCUAUCCCGAG